AUGGGCAUAGGUGGCCGCGGCAAGGGUGGGGAGAUCAAGGCUGGACCAGCUGAACCAGCAGUGGCGGAGGACUUGAUUUCAGCAGUGACAGAAGGGGUGAAGAAGGCCCUGCUGGAGGAGUGGCGCAACUUCCGCACAGAACUCCUGCAGGUUGCGGCCCGGGACGUGGCCUCGCGGCCCUGCGAGUUCACUUCCUUGGAGCCUUCGUGCACUGAAGUGCUAGAGGACGAGCCUCGCACACCACUGCGGUGCCUCAAAGCAAAGGACGUCGAUUUGACUCCUGAGAAGUUGGCCGCACCCACAAGUCUAGAGGAGAGGCAGCGCCGUCGGCGCAAGGCGAAGGUCCACAUGUACCGGAUGGAUGUCAACGACGAGGAGGCGCUUCCUCAGGCACCACCUGGGACUACGUGCAUUUCUUCGCUGAACGAGGCUUCCGAUGCAUAUUCCGAUGCCCAGUCGUUCACCGUUGAUGAGGUCAGAGCGGGCUCCGUGGAAUGCCCAAGGUUCCCAGACAUAGUGGAAGAGUAUGAAGGUCUCUGGGAGCAGCUUGGCUCUGGAGUUGAGGCUUCUGGUGCCCAGUCGCUCAUCCUCGACAAGGUCGAGUGCAGCGAGUGCCUCUGGAACCCCUUUGCGCUCGUGAUGCCAAACUUGCUGGAGUACCUUUCUGUGCCAGAGAUACUCCGCUGGCGCACGACAUCCCGUGAGACGAGACACCCGAAGGCUUUGCUGGCACAUGUGGCUGAGAUGGGCAGCUUGGAGAGGUCCACCGCCACUGUGUCCUUGCAUACUGCGCUGAAGAGCCAAGAGGCUUUCGAUGCUGACCAUGCCGGCCAGCAGAAGCUCUUCGAUUGUGGGCGCUGGUGCAUGGCCUUGGCCAGUGCUACAUUGACCCAUUUACCUGCCAGUGACACGCGCCGCAUUGUUGAGGACAACCUUCGAAGCUUGUUUCGGCAGUGCCGCGAUCCUGACGACAUUGCGCACUCACCUGCCUUGCGGACACUUCUAGUUUAUGGGGAGUGCGCCCUUCCUUACGUGCAGCAGCUGAUCGCGAACACCAUGCUGGGCUUCAUUGAAGCGAGCCUAUCAACGUCUCCACUAAACUACGACGCGGUGCUGGAUUUCAUGGUGCACCUUCAAGUGGUACUGCGCUCAAUGACGAAGUGUCAGCGGCAGAAGUGGGUGUCCCUGACGGUCAGAUUCUUAGACGCCCUCGCAGCUCUGGACUUGGACCUUUCUAGCAUCUGUAGCGUCGUGGUUUACGACUUGAUCUGGCUCUGGCGAGUUGACGAGGACCCCAGGCGCACCUAUGCAUCGGUAAUGCCGAAGCUGCGAGAGUUUUUGCAGUCGCCCAGCUUCCAAGAGUUCGCGCGAAGCUCCACCCCUGGUGUGGGCCUCGUCUAUAACUCCUGCAUCAUGUCACCCAUCAUGCCACCUACUGAAUGGACGACGUUGCCAGAAGUUCAGAAGGCGCAGAAAGAGGCCAUCGAGGUGAUGCCAGGCUCCCAAGAGGACAUGAUCUGGUUCACGCGCGCAUACUGGGCAGCGAGGCAUCCGGAUGCACGCACAGCAGGAAGCUUGCCUGAUGAGGAGCUGCCUUCACCCUUCGAAUUCCCGCAGCCGACUAUGCCCACAAUGACCUUUUCUCCCAGCCCAGCAGCAAGUGGCACCCUGCUGCCUCCAGAUGCCGCUGAAGGCACGACUGCAAGCAGAGCCCUCUCCAAGGGCGUGAGCGGGAGAACGGGCCCCAUCGCACUGAGCCCUUUCAUGCCAUUGGCCUGCCUUGCCGCGCACCUUUGCGUCGAACCAGAAGCGAUGGGCAGAGGUGGCCGCGGCAAGGGUGGGGAGAUCAAGGCCGCCUCGGCAACGGGUCCGAGGCUAAUGCCGUUGAAGGGCAGGGCUGAGGGCGUGGCGGAUCGAUUCACCACCGUGACCAAGAUUGAAGCACUCAGUGAACCAAAGGACUGGUCCGACAUCGGUAGGUACCGAAAAGUCGGGGCCUCGUUCUCGGGAGCCGAAGUGAGACAUGCCUUCGCCCUCUACGAUUAUUGUCAAAUAGGAACCAUGCCCAUCGAUCCCAAUGCCAAACCAUGCCAAGUCACCAUUCUUGGGGCACGCGUUCUGGAGGUCGAAAACAACCUUGCUGCAGAGCGGUCGGAUUUGCAGACCAGGCUGGAACAAAGCGAAGCAGAGAUUCACCAAAUUCGCUCCGAACUUGAGAAUGCCGCCGCCGUUGCCCGAAAAGCAGAGGCAGCCAAUGUGGAACUGGUGGCCACGCUGAAGGAGAAGCAGAAAGAACUGACUGCCGCUCUGGCUGCUUUGCAGGCAAAGACGGCGGCGGAAGAGGAGGGCUACAAGGAAGUACUGGAGAAGUCCAAUGCAGACGCCGAAACGAUGAAGCAGGCGAAGGAGCAGGCAGAAGAGGAGGGAAGGCAGAUGAGCCAGAAAUAUGCUGCUGCUGCGCUGAAAGUCGAGGAUUGCAAAGCCGAAUUGGAGAAGGCUCGAGCUACCAAGAAGGCCAUUGCCACGAAGAGCUGGCUGAACUCAGAGGUAUGCUGCUGCAGACGAGGCUGA